AGGGAGAGGAGAAGGAGAAAACGGUUACAGAGGAGAGGUGGAGAGAGAAGUUUGAAAAGUGUUUCGCUCAUUCGCUGUUUGAUAUCUGCCAGUGUAGGUUGGGGAGUAGCAACUCGCAUCUUCUCGGCGCGGCGGAUUAUUUGAAAGCGGAUUUUACCGCAGCGCUUCUUCAGUUAUACAGGCGAUGUGCACCGUGCAAGUGCUUAUAACCGCUGAUGUGAUGCAUAAUAUCCGCAGGAACGUAGUGCGGCCCCCUCGGAGAAUCUGCCGCAAAUUAUUUUGCGAUGAUGUUCGGGAGGAGGCUGCUAUAGACCCGCAGGCCGCGAUGCGGCGCGCGGUGCACGAAAUCAGCGAAGAAGCAAAGGCCCGAUGGAACUUUGAUUUUUUGUCCGGUAUCCCCCUACCCGGGAGAUACCAGUGGGUACCCAUGGGUGCCGGACGCGACCGGAUAGAAGAGCCGAUAGUGGCCGAAGUCCGGACGGCUCAGACGCAAACGGAACUACCCGAGGAGAGUACAGCGGAGAGCUCAACCUCCAAACAGACCACCAAACAGUCGAAAAUUACUGAUUACUUACACAGUCGAAAACGCACUCGUAGAAACAGUACAUCUGUUGCAUCUCCCAAACUGAAGAAGAUGCGCCGCUCGACUAACUGCAAUACUUCCGAGGAUUCCAGGGCAUCAUCUGUGUCUAGCACGUAGAGCGUGCCACCGUUUAGUUUCCUAAUGCUACACAACCGAAGUUGCUGGAUACAACAGAGGUGUGUUUCUGGUUUUAACCAAAGAUUCUUGUGAUAUAUAGUGCUGCCACCUGUGGAUGUCUCAGCGCUACAAAUCAUAAAUAUUAUGAAACUAAAAUUAGAAGACAAAACUCUUAAAACUUUAAAUGCACAUUGAACGUGCAAUAUCCUUUCUGUGUUAAACAAGAAAGAACUUUUACCGCAAAUAGGCAAACUGGAUACGUCCUCAAUUUAGAAUUUCCAUAUCUUAAUCAUCAACAACAUGUGGAAACGAAUUUUUUUGUGUGGUCUAAAUCUUCAAAUGUAGAUUCACAGUUCUGAAAUGUAAUAGCACCUUAAAAUCAAUUUUCAUCAAAUUUUAGACAUAUGUGUUAAAAUAUCUAGCUACAAUAUUUUUUAAACAAAACUUUAUAUCUGUCAUCGAUUCUGCUAAACAUUUCAACUUAUAACAUUUUAUUAACUAAUGCUCAAUUUA